AUGGCGAUGAUGAUGACUGGCCGUGUGCUGCUGGUGUGUGCCCUCUGCGUGCUGUGGUGCGUUGCCGGCGGUGUUUAUGCGAGGGACGUUGACACCAACGCACUGGGUGGCUGCAUGGCGUCGGGAGUGUUGGGUGAGAAUGGAUCCCACAUGCCUGACGGAUGUAAUAAAACUGCGAUUACGGUGCCUUUGCGGUCAGUACUGCCCAUUACUGCCGUUGAAGCCUCGACUGGAGAAGGUUCUCCUGAUGGUGGUGCUGGCGCUGCCGGGGCUUCUGGUGAUCGUGGUGCUACUGGUGAUACUUCUGGCAGUGGAGGUCCUUCUGCUUCUCCUGCUCCUCCUGCUGCUGCUGCUCCUGGUGGUUCUCCUGGUGGUGGUUCUGGUGGAGGCAGUGGAACUUCUACUGGUGGUACACAGAACAAUUCGAAUUCAAGUGAGAAUCUCGAGUCUGGUGCUUCUGGUGGUGGACCUGCUGCUGGUGGAGGAGGUGGUUCUGGUGGUGGUGGCGGUCGAACUCCUACUGGAGGUCAUGGCACCGGUGGCAUUCCUCCUGCUCCUGCUGCUCCUCCUGCUUCUCCUCCUGCUCCUGCUUCUUCUCCUGCUCCUGCUGCUCCUGGUGUUGAUUCUUCAGCUAGCAGCAGUGGUGGUACAGCGGGGUCCUCAGGCAGUAAUCCAUCUAACACAACAGGGGACUCUUCAACAGGAGAUCAGUCGUCUGCUGCAGCAGAGGCUCACAACUCCUCGCUACCCGAAGGACCGGAAGGAACGACGUCCGGCACUGGACACACACGACAAGAAGAAGAAGAAGAAAAUGAAAAGCAGCAGCAAAGUGAUGAAACACAAGUCCAACAACAUCAACAGCAUGAACACCCCGCGGAAAACGGCGAAGAAUCAGCGAAAGAUAAAAACGCCCUUCGUACAAAUGCCACCGCAAAUACAGGCGACAGUGACGGCAGCACCGCGGUCUCCCACACCACCUCCCCUCUUUUGCCUCUUCUUCUUGUUGCUUGUGCGGCUGCUGCUGCGGUGGUGGCCGCGUGA